AUGUCUAAUGUCUCGUACAACAAUUUUCAUAUGGCUUUGGAUAGCCGGUCUAUCCAUCCGCGUUCUGAACCUAGAAUCGAACCCGAAGCCAAUGCCAACAUGGUCUCGGAAAACGUCCAAGAGUUUGCUCAUCCCAACGAUAUAGCCGCCAUGCAGGCUGAAUGGGCUCAGGCCUGUGCUGAACAUGAAUACCUAAAGGCGCAUCAGUGGUCUUCAGCGGCUUUGCAGGUCCUGCGAGACAAUCAGACGUCAUUUCCGACAUUGAACCAGUUCACCGCUCCGGUGGCUGGUCUCCCCCAGUUUCCUCCAAUGGACCAGAACCAAUACUAUUCUCAGCAGGCCACUGUCGUCCCUCAACUAUCGCUGGAGGGCCACGCAUGGUCCCACCCUGGCUAUAAUUGCGGUUCGUAUGCGAAUGUACCUAAUUUUAUUCAAAAUCACCUUCUUACCGUCGUCGAUCUAGAGCGUUGGGUAGCGGAACCCCGCAGCGCACACGCUGGUGUCAUCAUGGACACGAUGUCGGAUACCGAAACCUUUUUGCCGUCCGCGUCUGACUCUGACGCGACAAUGUAUCUGAGUGAUGACAGCAGCUUGGAGCCAUCUUCUUCAGCUCCCAUUGGGCAGACGUGCGCCAAACGCCCCAAGCGUAAAACUCGUCAUACCGUCACAUACGAGGAAGACAGUUCGAGUCCGUCUCCCGCACCAACCACGCGCAAGCGCAGAUGCUUGGACGACGACGAAGACGAAGUGAGAGAGGGAAAGUAUGGUUUUUAUAGACUAGCGGACGCCACUGCAGUAGUCAUGGCUGUGCCUGUUCACGACCCGAAGCCGGUAGACAUCAGCAGUCGCAGGACCCACGACGCCCACGGUAAUCUUCUUCGAACGAGGAGAAUUGGGGCGAUGGAACUCGAUGAUUCCUACUCCAAGCGGUCCGUCAAGAUUACGAAUGAACUACCAGCAGGGAUGACUUGCGUACGAGCAUGCGAGUGGACGGACCAGCCCUGCGGGCUGUUUGUAGAAAUGAACAAAGUCCUCGUCGCAGAUCACCUGUUGCAUUGGCACGGUGUCGAAUCCAAAGGCACGACUCUCUGCAAAUUCGAGGGUUGCUCAAAACCAAAGGCAAUGCUCAAUUUGGGUCGUCACAUCGAGGGCAUCCACUAUACUACGUCUUACGAAUGCCCCUAUUGCGGCAAGCGGUGGUCCAGGUCCGACUCUUUGGAUCGGCAUCAAGUAACAUGCAGACCGCUCCUUGAUAGCAAGGCCCGUGCUAAGAAGGGACGUCGCAAGUUUGAUCUUCAAGACCCGAAGAAAUUGGUCUAUGGAUAUAUCGUUCCUGCCCGCAAUGCGACAUAG